UGGAUUCGGCAAUAUGUCGGCUGCUCACUGGAUUUGACAAUGUUUUUGUUGUUCCUGACGUAGAGCAAAGUCAUAUUUAGUGACUAAUAAAUUGACAAUUCAUAUUUUUGAGAAUGUUGAAAUAGCCGAGGACAAUUCAGGAUGUAUAUCAAGCAGGUUAUUAUUCAGGGCUUCAAGUCCUACAGAGAGCAAACAGUCGUCGACCCAUUCGAUCCUAGACACAAUGUUGUCGUCGGUAGAAAUGGUUCUGGCAAGAGUAACUUCUUCUACGCAAUUCAAUUCGUCCUCUCGGACGAAUUCUCGCACCUUCGGCCGGACCAGCGCCAGGGUCUCCUCCACGAGGGGACAGGUCCCCGUGUGAUUUCCGCGCACGUCGAAAUAAUCUUCGACAACGCAGACGGUCGUCUACCGAUCGAUAAGGACGAGGUUUACUUGCGUCGUGUGAUUGGCUCCAAAAAGGACCAGUAUUUCCUAAACAAGAAGAACGUGACGCGUAGCGACGUCAUGAACCUCCUGGAGUCGGCGGGUUUCUCCCGCUCGAACCCAUACUACAUCGUAAAGCAGGGGAAGAUCAAUCAGAUGGCGACUGCUCCAGACUCCCAACGUCUGAAGCUUCUCCGGGAGGUGGCGGGCACCCGUGUCUACGACGACCGUCGGGAGGAAUCCAAGUCGAUCCUGAAGGAGACCGAGGGCAAGCUGGAGAAGAUCGACGACUUCCUGAGAACGAUCGAGGAGCGCUUGCAGACCUUGAAAGAGGAGAAGGAGGAGCUGAAGGAAUAUCAGCGAUGGGACAAGCAGCGCCGAUGCCUGGAAUACACCAUUCACGAGCGCGAGCUGAAGGAGAACAAACGAAAGCUGGAGGACCUGGAGGCGUCACGAGCGAACAGUGGUGCUGAACAGGCGCGCCUGGGUUCCGAAGCAAAGACAGCUCAGGAGAAUGUGCGAUCAGCCUCGAAGCGGCUGAAGGAAGCGAAGAAGGAAGUCCAGACUGCGAAGGAGGAGCGUGACACCCUGAGUGCUGAGCAGCAGCAGCUGCUGAAGGAGAAGACGAAACUGACCCUGACGAUAAACGAUCUUCUGGAGGAGGUGAAGGGUGACAACGACAGCAGAAAACGUGCGCAGCAGGAGCUGGAGAAGCUAAAGGAGAACAUCGCUGUGAGGGAAAAGGAGCUGGAGAAGAUUCGUCCUGAAUACGAGGAGAUGAAGCGACGGGAGGAGGAGUACACGAGAGCGAUGGGACUCAAGGAACAGAAGCGGAAGGAGUUGUACGCUAAGCAGGGGAGGGGCUCGCAGUUCACCAGCAAGGACGACAGGGAUAAAUGGAUUCAGAACGAGCUGAAGCAGCUGACCAAGCAGAUUAGGGAUAAAGAGGAGCACCAGAAGAAGAUCAGUGAGGAUCUCAAGAAAGACGCCGAGAAGCAGAAGGAUCUCGAGAAGAAGAUCGAGGAGUACACGAAGGAGAUGGAGAAGCAGAGGGCGUCCAUUGAUGAACACAACAAGCACUACUAUGAACUGACCAAGCAGAAGGACGCCUGUCAGGCGCAGAGGAAGGAGCAGUACAGGAAGGAGAGUGUCCUGCAGUUGAAUCUGUCUGGGUUGAAGGAGGACCUGGCGAAGGCUGAUCAGAGCCUCAGGUCCAUGGCCGGAAAACCCAUUCUCAAUGGACGGGAUUCGGUUCGGAGGGUUCUUGAGACUUUCAAAGAACGACCUGACAUGGCUCAUGAGGUUAACUCGUACUAUGGACCUGUCAUCGAGAACUUUGAUUGUGAUAAGAGUGUCUACAUGGCGGUGGAGGUCACUGCUGGCAACAGACUCUUUCAUCAUAUUGUGGAGACUGACAAGUUUGGAACGAAAAUCCUGAAGGAGAUGAACAAUCAGAGACUGCCGGGGGAAGUCACCUUCAUGCCUCUCAAUCGUCUACACGUGAAGAGCAUUGAUUAUCCUGAUACGAGUGACGCCAUUCCCAUGAUCUCCAAGCUUAAUUAUGAUGGGAAGUACGACAGAGCGAUGAGGUACAUUUUUGGGAAGACUCUCAUCUGUAGAAAUCUGGAAGCUGCUACUAAUUUGGCGAGGACAUCUGGACUUGAUUGUGUGACACUCGAGGGGGAUCAAGUCUCCUCCAAGGGAUCACUCACUGGGGGGUACUUCAAUACCCUCAGGUCCAGGCUGGAGAUCCAGAAGACAAGGUCUGAACUUAUGGCGCAGAUCAACACGAUGGAGAAUGAACUGUCUAACCUGAGGGAUGAGAUCAAGAAGGCGGAUCAGAAUAUAUCGUCGUAUGUCAGUGAGAUGCAGAGAACGGAGACGAAGAACAGCAAGGCUAAAGACAUCUACGACAAGAUGAAGGCGGAGAUCAGGCUGAUGAAGGAGGAGUUGUCGGCUAUCGAGAGGUAUAGAACACCGAAGGAGAGGAGUCUUGCCCAGUGCACAUCGAAUCUCGAGGCUAUGAGGGCGACCAAGGAGGGUCUUGAGAGUGAACUCCAUCAGGACUUGAUGGCGCAGUUGUCGGUGGCUGAUCAACGGCAGGUGGAUACCCUCAACGACGAGAUCAGGACACUCACGAAAGAGAAUAAGGAGGCUUUUGCCAAACGUAUGAGACUGGAGGCUGAGAAGAACAAACUUGAGAAUCUUCUUACUAAUAAUCUUCAUCGGAGGAAGGACGAACUCGUGCAGGCACUCCAGGAGAUCUCGGUGGAAGACAGGCAGAGACAGUUGGAGACUUGCAAGGCUCAGCUGUCGGACAUAGAGAAAAGAUUGGUCAAGGUCAAUGCUGAUUUCAAGACUAUGAAUGAGAGAGUCGGGGGCGCCACCAAAAAGCAGAAGGCUGAGGCUGCUGAGGUGGAGAAGUGGAAGGCGAAGGAGAAGGAAGUCCAGGAGAAGAUCGAGUCUGAUGCUAAGGAUCUUGAGAAACUCGCCAGCAAGCAGAAUAUUCUACAGCAGAAGAUCGCUGAGUGUACACAGAAGAUCACGGAAUUGGGGGCACUGCCUUCACCUGAGGCUUAUGAGAAGUUUGGGAAUAUGUCGACGAAACAGCUGUUCAAGGAGAUGGAGAAGGCGAAUAAUCAGCUGAAGAAGUACAGCCAUGUUAAUAAAAAGGCGUUGGAUCAGUUCAUGUCGUUCAGCGAUCAGAAGGAGAAGCUUGUGAAGAGGAAGGAGGAGCUGGACAGAGGCGAUGAGAAGAUCAAGGAGCUGAUGAAUGUACUGGAGAUGAGAAAGUGCGAGGCUAUUCAGUUCACUUUUAAACAGGUUAGUAAGUACUUCAGCGAAGUCUUCAAGAAACUCGUGCCCACUGGACACGCACAACUCGUCAUGAAGACGGCCGAUGGGGAGGAGGGCGAUGAUGAUACAUCCACUGCUGCCGAUUCUGAUCGGUUCAUUGGUGUCGGGAUUAGAGUUUCGUUCACUGGACAAAAAGCUGAGAUGAGAGAGAUGAAUCAACUUUCGGGUGGGCAAAAGUCUCUUGUGGCACUUGCCCUGAUAUUCGCUAUUCAGAAGUGCGAUCCAGCACCUUUCUAUCUAUUCGAUGAGAUCGAUCAGGCUCUCGAUGCCCAGCACAGAAAAGCUGUUGCUGAUAUGAUCCAUGAACUCAGCUCUGACGCACAAUUUAUCACCACAACUUUUAGACCUGAAUUACUGCAGCACGCAAAUAAAUUCUAUGGGGUUAAAUUCAGGAAUAAGGUGUCUCACGUAGAGUGUGUCACCAGGGAAGAAGCUGCUGACUUUGUCGAAGACGACACAACUCACGGAUAAACGGAAAAACAUAUUUAUUUUUAUUAUGAAGAUAAAGAAAACAUCAUCUAUUAAUUUUUCAGAGUUUCUGCUGUAAUUCUAAUUCAAUUCGUGAGGAUUCAACUGGGAAAUGUUGAUUCGCUCUUCAAUUUGUAAUUUUAAUGGAGCUGACAAUUUU